CCCAUACCGGUAUUUUCUCUUCCCCAUCCAAACUCCACCCAACCUCUAUCAUUCACCCCCAAUCUUUCUAACACUGUUCUCAAGCCCUGUUAAUUUUCUCCCGCUAUUUUCUCAUUACUUUCUCGGAAGGGGAAAAAUGGGUGACGAGGUUGCUACCGAUAUGGCGACAGAGGUUCCCAAUCUAGGGGAGAAUGUCGUUGAGCCGACUGUCGAGAAGGGCGAAGGAGUCAAGGUUGUGGAGCAGCCAGCGGCUCCUGAGGUUGGAGUGAAGCAGGGAGAGCCCGUGGAAGAGAAUCUUGUCGAGGAUGCCGUUGAGUCGGCUGUCGAGAAGGACGAACAAGUUAAGGCCGAAUCUUUGGAGCAGCUAGAGGAUGUAAAAAGCGCCACUGUUGAGGAAAAGGACAGCACGACGGCGGAGACUAAGGAACCACCCAAGUUGCAGAAGAAAAGUGAAAACAUCAAAUUUGAUGCAACUCUUCUCCCGGAAUCUGACGACCCAGCGGAGAUUAGGAAGCAGGUCGAGUUUUAUUUUUCAGAUUCCAACCUCCCCUUUGACAAAUUUCUCUUCGGCCUCGUUGGUAAAGAUAACCGCUCAGUCCCUCUUAAGCUUAUCCGCUCCUUCAAACGCAUGCGCCGCUUCACAAACCCAGAGGCCAUCGUCAAAGCGUUGCGUGAGAGCGAAGCAUUAGUCAUCACUGGUGAUAUCGGAGAAGAGACCAUUCGGCGGAAGAUUCCAUUGAUCAUCAACGAGGUUGAAAACAAGGAGGGUAACGUAGAGAGCAAAGAUUCCAAGGAUAAAUCCAACCAUCGGGGGUAUCAACCCACCCCCCGUCAGGCCUGGGAUGCGGACAUUACCGGUGGUCGGAAAUUCACGGACCUAACCAUCCCAAGAAGUAUUUAUGCGAAAGGUUUCGGCGCUGAAACUCCCACUACUCAGAUCGACCUCGAAAAUUUCUUCGCACCUUACGGACCCAUUGCGUGUGUGCGCCUCAGACGGACAAGAACCGGGUUUUUCAAGGGCUCCAUCUUCGUCGAGUUCAAGGACGAAGACCUCAUGAAAGGAUUCAUGUCCUUGGAAGAAAAACCCAAAUGGAACGACACCGAUCUACAAUGGCUCACUAAGAAAGCCUACUGUGAUGGGAAAAUUCAAGACAUCAAAGACGGGAAGAUCCAACCAACACUACACCCACCCCAUAAGUCCCCCAGCAACAAGAGUGGACACCGCGGGAACAACCAGCGAGGGAACAACCAGCGGGGUAGAGGCAAGGCCGGACGAAGCGGCAACGGUGGGAGGGGAGGCGGAAGACACCAGGGUAGCAACGGCAGAAGGGGAAACGGCGGGAAGGGUAGAAAUGACCGUGGUGGACCGCCAAAGAUCAAGACUACCCCAGGGGGGGUAGAUGGGAUUCCGCUGGUGAAAACAAACGGGAGUGCCUCCGAAGCCGACGAGGAUAACAACAACAAACGCAAAGCGGAGAAUAGUGCUGAAGUGCACACGGAAGUUAAAAAGAUCAAGCAGGAGUGUGACAAUACCUACAUUAAACAGGAGUGCGACAAUACCCACAUUAAACAGGAGUGCGAUAAUACCCACAUUAAACAGGAGGCCGCUUGAACGAAACGAAACGCCCUUGCGCCCACUUUAUGGCACUUUAUGUACUAUAGCUAAAAGUUAACUAACGUCCACCCAUGAUCGGUAUUGGAGACUUGGCGGGAGCAAAGAAACAGAAAAGUAAUGACGGAGGGAUGAAUGUUUUUUUCUCUCUUUUUGCCCUGUCUUAGCUUAUAUUUCUGGUGUAUUUUGAUUGGUUUUUUCCUUUUUUUCCUUUUUUUGUAUUGUUAUGGUCAUCUCUCCUUUCUCCAUUUCAGUAUUCGCCAAAUAUAAGCAUCGUAUCGCCCGAA